AUGGUUGUCUUCAGCAAAGUUGCAGCAGCAUUUGGCCUCGCGGCCGUAGCAUCUGCGAUGCCCACAAUCUCCCCCCGUCAGGGCUUCACUAUCGACCAGCUGUUGAAGGAGGUUCCCAAGCGCACGAUCAAUCUUCCAGCAAUCUAUGCCAAUGGGUUGCGCAAAUACGGCGGCAAUGUUCCCCCACACAUCUCGGAUGCCAUCACCCAGGGUAGUGCCGUGACCACCCCGGAAGAGUAUGACAUCGAGUAUCUGACUCCAGUCAAUGUCGGUGGUACCACUCUGAACUUGGAUUUCGACACUGGAUCCGCAGAUCUAUGGGUGUUUUCCGACCAGCUUCCGGCUUCCCAAACUGCUGGGCACAGCCUCUACAAGCCAUCCGAUAAUGCAACCAGGAUGCCCGGAUACAGUUGGCAGAUCUCAUAUGGUGAUGGCAGCAGCGCCGGUGGUGAUGUUUACCGGGAUACCGUCACUGUCGGAGGUGUUGCUGCACGGGGACAGGCAGUCGAGGCCGCCUCUCAGAUCAGCGCACAAUUCACGCAAGACCAAAACAACGACGGUUUGCUCGGUCUAGCAUUUAGCUCCAUCAACACUGUUAAACCCAGCGCUCAAGCCACCUUCUUCGACAGCGUCAAGUCUCAGCUCGAGUCUCCUCUUUUUGCUGUAACCCUCAGGCAUCAGGCGCCAGGAUCUUUCGACUUUGGCUAUAUUGAUGAAUUCAGGUACACUGGUGAUAUCACCUACACAGACGUCGACAGCUCUCAGGGCUUCUGGAUGUUCUCUGCCACUGCAGGCGAGACUGACUUCGACGCCAUUGCCGACACCGGCACAUCCCUCAUCAUGAUCGACCAAUCCAUUGCAGAGGACUACUACUCCCAGGUCCCCUUUGCCUUCGACAACCCCUUCUACGGCGGCUGGACCUUCCCCUGCUCCACCAGACUCCCCUCAUUCACCAUCACCAUCGACGGCUACGAUGCCGUCGUUCCCGGCCAGUACAUCAAGUACGCUCCCGUCACGGACGGCUCCUCCACCUGCUUUGGAGGCAUCCAGAAUAACCAGGGUCUCCCCUUCUCAAUUCUCGGUGACGUUUUCCUGAAGAGCCAGUAUGUCGUCUUCGACUCCGAGGGCCCUCAGAUCGGUUUUGCACCUCAAGCUUAA